ACGGUACAUAGAACAUUUUGAUUUAUAACCAACCCGGAACAUAACUCCCGCUGAUUGUCAAACGAAGACAAACUAUCAAUAUAUACUCAACAUUUCGAUUGGAUGUUUGAAAGAUUAGUCUUAUCAUAGCACGCGAUAAUACAGAUGGCUGACUUAUCCCUUUGGCUUGGUGAAAUUGUUUACUUUCUAUUGUUGAUGCGAAAUAACGUUUACUAGCUAUAAGACAGAAUGACUGAGACCAUGAAUGUUUCAAGCAAAAGAAUGAAAGUGAUCUUGUUGGGGGACAGUGACGUAGGGAAGACGUCUUUACUGACACGCUUCAGUCAAGGCUACUUUCACAUUUGUUAUCAAAUGAUCAUCCCAGAAUACAGUAAUAAGGACGUGGACGUCUCAGGGGUAAAGGUCAAGCUACAGAUAUGGGAUACAGCUGGCCAAGGGCGCUACCGAGUAAUAAGAAAGGGUUAUUACAGGGACGUUGCUGGUAUUGUUAUAGUUUUUGACCUGACCAGCAAGUCCAGCUUCGACAACAUCUAACAUUGGUUGCAACAGGUCCACGAACAUGCUGGAGAAAAUGUUGACAUUGUACUGGUCGGCAACAAGGUUGACCUGGCCGAAAGCCGAACCGUAGACCACGAGACGGCCUCCUGCCUGGCCCAAACCAUUGGGGCCAUGUA